UGAUGCAGCCAGGACAGGACCAAUACUAAAUUAUCGACUGAAAAGAAACAAGCAGGAUGGCUUACAAAUCAGGACCACAUUCUUCUUACAAGAAGAUGUUUGGAGGGGACAGAGUCACCUCCAGGACCACCUACUCCAGCCGCCAGUACUCCAUCCCGGUACGCUCCUCCCGGCUGUCCUUCGGUGUCUCUUCCACUCCCGGCAUCUACGCCACGAAGACCCAGAGGCUCCGGAGCAGCGUAGCCAUGCCCCGACUGGCCUCUGAGAACCUGGACUUCUCCCUGUCCGACGCUAUCAACAGCGAGUUCAUCACCAACCGCACCAACGAGAAGGCGCAGAUGCAGUCUCUCAAUGACCGCUUCGCUAGCUACAUCGAGAAGGUCCGCUUCUUGGAGCAGCAGAACAAGAUCUUGUUGGCAGAGCUGGAGCAGCUGCGGGGCAAAGGCACGUCCAGGGUCGGAGAUCUGUACGAGGAUGAGAUGCGGGAGCUGCGGCGCCAGGUGGACCAGCUUACCAAUGAGAAGGCCCGGGUAGAGGUUCACCGGGAUAACCUGGCGGACGACAUUGAUCGGCUGAGAGAAAAGUUGCAGGAUGAGAUGUCCCAGCGGGAGGAUGCAGAGAACAACAUGCAGAGCUUCAGACAGGAUGUGGACAAUGCUGCUCUCGCCCGGCUGGACUUGGAAAGGAAGGUGGAGUCACUGCAGGAUGAAAUCAACUUCCUCAAGAAGCUGCAUGAUGAGGAAAUGCUGGAACUGCAGAACCAGAUGCAGCAGCAGCAUGUGCAGGUGGACAUGGAGAUGGCUAAACCUGACCUGACGGCUGCACUGAGAGACGUCCGUCUGCAGUAUGAAAACCUGGCCUCCAAAAACAUCCAGGAGUCUGAGGAAUGGUACAAAUCCAAGUUUGCUGACCUCACUGAUGCUGCAGCCAGGAACAGUGAAGCUUUGAGAGUGGCCAAACAAGAGGCCAAUGACUACAGACGCCAAGUUCAGGCACUUACUUGUGAGGUGGAUGCCCUUAAGGGAACUAAUGAGUCCUUGGAGCGGCAGAUGAGAGAGAUGGAGGAGAACUUCUCCCUGGAGACAGGUGGUUACCAGGACACCAUCGGGCGUCUGGAGGACGACAUUCACAACAUGAAGGACGAGAUGGCCCGCCACCUGAGAGAGUACCAGGACCUGCUCAAUGUGAAGAUGGCCCUGGACAUUGAGAUUGCCACCUACAGAAAGCUGCUGGAAGGAGAAGAGAGCAGAAUCUCUACCCCUCUGCCAAACUUCUCAUCUCUAAACUUGAGAGAAACAAUGAUUGAUUCCAAACCUCAUGUCGAAACAACAACAACCAAGAAGGUUCUCAUCAAGACCAUUGAGACCCGGGAUGGCCAGGUGAUCAAUGAGUCGACCCACAACCACGACGACAUGGAGUAAAAAAAUUCUCUAUCUUCGCCAAACAAUCAACUAAAGCAAUAAGAAGAAACACAAUUCACUGUGGCUUCAAGCAAGCGAGCAAACCAACAACUCACAAACACAAAAACAGCUUCUAAAAGUGCCUUUGUAUGUGAUGAUCCAGUAAGCCUGUUAGCUGACACACAGACUGUAUUUUGCUUUCUCUACUAUGCUGAAAGUAUCCUCUUUUGUCACUUGUUUAGACACAGUAAUGAAAUCAGCACAAUGUAGAAAUCCUUGAGGUCUACAAAUACCUUUCUUUGUAACCAAAGUAGUAUUUUUGAUCAAUACAGCAUGCACUCUCCAGGAAUUCUGUAUGCUAAAGAUGUCACAAUUGCCUGUAUGCAGCAAUAAACCAUUAAGACUGUAACUCAACACUGUGUGCUAGGUGUUCUACAGCUCAUAUUUUAUCAAUAAAGUGAUGCAGGGUCACAUAAUCCAGAAAAUAUGAAAGGGG